AACUAAGACGACGAUGAUGCGCCCCGCCGAGGGCAUAUUGCGGUCACACGACACAGAAAUCGAAGCCAAUCCUGACAAUGAGAUCUGCAAAUUCUCAGUCGGAUGGGUAUGCAGCACCUGGACCUCGGAGCGGAAAGCCGGGUCGAAGGAAGGGGAGACAGCUGCCCUGGGAGUGGAGCCUUGCUGCGUCGCCCCAAUUCUCGUAGUGGGACACCUGGAUUCGGGUGGCUGGAUGACCCGACCCUACUUCAGUAAACGCUUAUUACAUAGCAGUCUUCAAUCAAAUAUCAAUUCUUGAGGCUAUAAUGCGGACUCCGUCUUUUAGUGAUGAGUGGCCACUGUCGGUGCAGUAUGGUGCUCUUGGGAUGGUAUUGGGACAUGAACUUACUCACGGAUUUGACAAUAAUGCCUGUAGCAGUCGCUCUCUCAUUAGUCACUGAUGUCUCCUCUCUAGGAUCUGGAGAGAUUUUGUCUGACCAUUUUCCUUCAUGCUUCUCUCUUGCUGAAUGUCGUUCUUCCUAUAUAUUUCACUCCUCGUACUGUUAAUCACACACUUGAUUGGUCUAAGGCUAAUAAAUUUGAUACGGAGAGAUUCUGUGCUAUGGUUCUAAAAACAUUACUGCUUUACUGUUUUAUGUUUGUGACUGUGCUUCACCAUCCUGUUCAAGUCAUUCUGCCUAUCUGGAUUCCUAUGCUCAUGAUUUGGUUUAU